UCGCCGUUCAUAUCAUAAAUGCAUAUCCUAAUCACAAGCAAUUGCCUACCAUUGAGUUAGUAAAAAGAAGGGCUAUUAUGACAAAUGACGACGAUUCAAUUGAUUUUGCAAAUUAUAUAAGGGAUAUAGCCAAACAUAAAUACUCUAACUAUAAAGAUUUUAAUCCGACUUCCAAUGUAAAAAGUUCUAAAAAUGAAAUAUCCUCCAAUGGAACAACUCCUAACAAUGAAACAUCCUCCAAUGUAACAACUUCUAAACAUGGAACAACUCCUAACAAUGAAACAUCCUCCAAUGUACCAACUUUAAAGCAUGGAAUAUCAUCUGAUGUAGCAACAAUAUCCAACGAGAUAGAUUCAGACAAAAAGAAAGGCCAAUGCACCUUAUCUGUAAAAGAUAUCCUGAUAGAUGCUACCUAUUAUGGAGCAAUCACUAUUGGAAAACAAGAAUUCAAUGUUCUUUUAGAUACCGGGUCAUCAAAUCUCUGGAUUCCAAAUAAGAAUUGUACAUCCGCUAUUUGUCAAAAUCAUAAUAGAUUUGAUUCAAGUAAAUCACAAACUUUUACACCAGAAGGUAAUCCUUGGUCUAUUGAAUACGUCGUUGGCUUUACCUCUGGAAUUACCGGAAUAGAUAAUAUUAAAAUUGGAUGUUUUACUGCUGAUAAACAAGUUUUUGGGCUUGCAACUAAUGUAUCCAAUAAUGAUAUACAAUUUGAAUAUGAUGGAAUUUUAGGACCGAAGAUGAAAUCUAAAUGA